GCUGCAUUCAUAAAACUUUGUCUUUGAAAGAAAGAGAAAUUCACAAUCUGAAGUAACAGACUAAUGAUGAGAGGACUGAGAGUAAAACAAGAGUUCAGGAAGAUCACGCAAAAGGACAAAACUGUUGAGGAGACACAAUAAGAGUGAGACUUACAUAUGGUCACAGGAUUAAUCUUCACUAAAGCUCUAUGAGGAACACAGAUGGACAGACAGACAGUAUUGAUGAUGCCAUUUGCUAAAUUUCUUGGCUAACACAAGUGAUUGGUUGGAGUUGUUAGUCUUCAUAAUGUCCUUGGCAGUGGAUGAGACGGCUAGUGACCUCCCUGUGAGAGAUGUGGGCUUGAGAGGACUCAUACCUGUUCUUCAAGACACAGAUUGUGAUGUAAAAAGUUGGAGAAGACCACCACAAGUGCUAAAGAUAAAGGAUCGUCAGCGUUUGCUCAAAGUCCCACGUGAGCAGCUGGAAGACCAGUGUCUACAUCUACAGGAGGAGAACACGCUUCUUAAACAACAUAGUCGCACUCAAGAGCAAAAACUACGCAGGUUGUUAACUAAACUGCUGAGAUUAAAGCAUGGAUCUGCAACCACAGGGAGGGAUGGAGAACUGGAGGACACUAUUCAGGAGCUGGAGGCUCGCAUAGUUACUCUAGAGAGCCAGAAGGGGGUGCUGCAGAGUAAACUCAAUUUAGCCAAGCAAAACAUUUUGGACCUGGGCAUUAGAGCCCAUAACAGACCACGAACAGGGCGAGCUGUGGAUAGGGAUAGAGGAGUCAGACGUGCAGCCCAAACUGCUCCUGCUCGCUGUGGCCUCAGUUCAGUGGAAGAGACCAGAGGAGAGAUAGAAAGAUUCAGAUCUGCCAUCAUAGAAACAGAACAAGGGAGAGUGGCGGAGCUGGAGUUUACAGCUCAGUCUCUUAGUGAAUCACUCAGAGACAAAGAGAAAGAAACUGAGGGUAUCCUAAAAGAUCUACGCAGACAACAAGCUGACAGAUACAGGCUCACCAUAAAAGAUAAUGUAGAUGUGAUCAAAUUGCAGAAGCAGCUCUCUGAAAAGAGUGCCAACCUUCUGGUUAUACAGGAGAAGUUCACUGUUCUUCAGGAGGCUUAUGAGAAGCAGCUUGAGGAGGAACAAAAAUCUUUAAAAGAGAGUCAGGGAGCAUUGCUUGGAAAGGUGGAGGAACUUACAGAACAGUUGAAACAGGAGAGGCAAAGAGUGUUAACACUGGAAAGCCACCUCAAUACUGCUACACUUUCAUUGCAAACUUUGAAAGAGCUUCAGGAGAGGGUUUUAGACCUGGAGGAAGAAAGGGACCUAUUGAAGAAGAGCUAUGAUUCACUUCUGGAGAGCACAAUGUCUAAUCAGAACCAUCAACAACCACAUGAUGAUAAUAAGAGAAUAAUAAGUGGAUCAUCAAGAGAGGACUGGUGGACAGAGGAGAAAGAAAGACUUGAAGGAAGACUGCAAGAAGAGAGGACAGAGACAAAAAUGCUGAAAAAGGAUAAAGAAAAACUGGAACAAGAGAAUGAAGAACUUCUAAAGGAAAAGGAACGAGACAGAGAUGUGGUUAUGUCCUAUAGACACAAACAUGACUGCUUGGAACGAGAGGUCCUACAAUACAGACAAGAAGUCACAACUUUACAAGAGAAACUGGACUCUAUUACAAAAGAGUUUGAAAUGAGUGUAGAAGAUCUGAGUGAAACUCUACUGCAGAUUAAGGUCUUUAGAAUGCAGAACGACACUCAAGGUGUUAUGCACUUCUUGAGAACUGAUAGGAGGUUAGAAGAUUCAUCUGAGGAUUUGACUGCCAUACAGGCAUCAUAUGCAGAGACAGUUCUAGAACUCCAGAAGACCAGAGAAUUAUUAUUACUGCAACAUCGCAUUAAUGUUGACCUUCAGAAUGAAAUGAAGACCGUUAUGGAGAGAUUUAAGAGAGAAAAUGAGGAGAACAGGAGAAGGACUGGUGAAAAAGACAAACUGCUGAACAGUAGAGCACUUCAAAUCAGUAAUUUACAAGUUCAGCUCAAAGAGUUAGCGUACAGUCCUGCAAACUACAAACGGACAAUCCCGCUCCAGUACAUCUGGACCGGGGUAGAGCAACAUUCAGUCCAAUCUACUGAAGAAGACAACAUAUUCCCACAUCUGCAAGAGAAAGAGUCUCUUCUAGAGAUACAUCUUACAGGAGCCACAUUUACACCACUGGGACUAAGACUCAUGGGACAAGACACAGGAGAUUACAAAGGGCUAGUGACUUUUUGCACCUAUGGCUUUCUUGACUUUGAGACCCUCUCUACUCCUUUAAUGUCUGGAGAACAGCCAAAUUAUGGCUUUACAUCUCAUUAUGCUCUCACUGAAUUUGACCUGGAGAAACUCAGGAUUCAGGGUGGUUUCAUCACAGCAGAAAUGCACCAGGCACUCGGUGGGGUGCGCUUUAUGACACGUGGCAGAGCGAAGAUCUCUUUAAUGGGUGUGCUACAGCAUAGAGGUGAACGGAUGAAAAACAGAGCCAACAUCACAGGGACUGAAGGGGAAGUUAUAGGUGUUCUUGAAUUCUGGGUAUGUUUACACCCACAGGAGAAAUGUACAGAACCACAAUCAGAUAAAUCUAUAAGAAGAACUGUAGAAGCUGUAAGACACACCAGAGGUACAGAAUGGGCUCCUGAGAAACCAGAGGAAAUAUUUGAUUUCGGUGGAGGAAUACCCAAUGAGCUCGAGAUUGUACUUGAACGCUGUGUGGGUCUUAGUACACGUUGGCCAGGACUGCUUCCUGAUGCUUACAUAACUUAUCGCCUUUAUGAUCUACCACCUCACACCACACCCAUCAUUCAGAGCUGUGCAGAUCCUGUCUUUGAAGAUUCAGUAACCUAUCCAUUAGCUGUGACUAUGGAUGUAUUGGAGUAUCUGAAUGUGGGCAGCCUGUGGGUGUAUGUGUUUGAUAAGAGUGAAUGUCAGACGCCUCCCACUUACCUGGCGAAGACACCAAUCCCACUCCAGGCACUUGCAACAGGUCGACCAAUCAGAGGUGAUUUUGUUUUUCGAGACCCUGGUGGCUGUCCGAGAGGAACUGUCAGAGUCACUUUAAGAUGGAAGUAUCCUUUCCAGCCACCUGACGCAUCCUCAAAACAAAGAGACCUAGAAGAACCAAGGAACAAGAUAAUGGUGUCCAGAGCUGAAGUAUCACAGAGACGCAAGGCAAAGCCCAGUCUACAGACUCCACCAGUCCACAGGAGCAGGGCUACUUUGCCUCACACAUCCAUGUCUACAAGAACUUCUGAAAGAGGCCCAACAGCACCCCUUCAACCUCUACGAGUCACACCUACUCAAACACCUGAACCUGCUUUAUAUCCCAGUAAACAGCCGUCUGGUUUGGCACAACCAUCAAGGUCAGUUAGGAGAAAACAACACCAGAGUGCAGCAUUGCUCAUUCCAGAAAAAGAAGCCAAAAAGUCACCUCAGUUGACUCCUGCCACAUCUAUUAAAUCAACUGAGUGCAGUCGAGUUACAGAUUUCAGACCAUCAAUCUCAAAGUCAAGUAGCUCUCAAAGCCAAAAGAGUGGCCAUAGAGAACAGUUAAAUGGUCAAAUGGAGGAACAGGAGGAAGAUGAAGGUCAAGAGGAUGAGAUGGAAGACAGAUCUCGAAGUGACACCGAUGUCCUUCAGUCUGAUGAAUCCAGAGAAUCAAGUGAAAAUGAUGUCAUCAUAAUUCCUCACCCACCCAAACCCUGUAAAAAGGGAGAAACCCUCAGAGUGGAAAUCCUGUCUCUCUCUUUCAACUCAUCUUCUGAAGUUGCACUUAACCAAUCAGUGCAUCAAGUUUAUAUAGAAUAUCGCUUGCUUGGUAUACCCAUGGAAACAACAGAAACCCCCAUGUCUUUACGUAAACCAACCAAAGGAGAGGAAAUCCACUAUAACUUUAUGAGAGUUAUUCAUAUAGAUUCAAUAGAAGCAGCUCCUCUGAGACAUUAUCUCUACACAAUGCUGGAAGGCACCGACCCCAACCAGGGCAGGUUAAAGUUUACUGUAGUGAGUGAGCCCAUGAAUGAGGAGGAAGAAUGUGAAGAUGUUGGCCGUGCCUUUCUGGAUUUACGACAGCUUCUCCUGACUGGAAAUGAUGUCAUUGAACAAGAAAUUGACGUUAUCAGUGUGGAUGAGGAACAGGAAGUGGUGGGAAAGUUGAAAGUAUCUGUAGAGGCAGCGCAGGCGCUGAAUGUUAUCUAUCAGGAAUAUCAUCAGACUGAGAUCAGUGACAGAAGAACACCGACAAACAGCACAGAGGAUGAAGAAGUAGAAAAAAAGAGGAAUACUGAGUUACAUGUGCUUGAUUUUGAUGAUGAUGACAGCGACUUGUAAUUUAACAUGUUUUAAAUUUGACUUAGAUUUGUUUUCCUCAUUGACUACAGUGUAGUUGCUGGCCUGAUCAUUUUGUCAAGCAACAAGCAAAAAUCCACUCAUCCAUUUGGCUUGUUCAUCUGAGUCAUGGGGUUAUGUCUCCUGUACCAGCAUCAUGACUUUCAAACUGAUCAUAUUCAGUCAUCAGCCAAUUUAGGGUUAAUUAACAUGUAAAGGAUAUUUGAAUUUCUGGUGGAGAUAAAUGAAAUUCAUAAGUACAGACAUACAUCUGUGCUGUAUUUCAUUUCUUUCUUAUAGACCACUUUGCAAGAUGUAAACAACACUAGUCCAGAAGCACUGUUGUUUUUAAGUUUUUUAGUUCACAUUUAUGUAACAUGUAUUUAUUCAGUUUUAAAUUGUUCUAAUAUUAAUUAAUAUUAAUAUUUUGUUCAGUGUAAAAAAACUAAAACAGGCAGUGUUGUUUAUAUCCUGCAAAAUGGUCUAUACAGUAUAUCCUUACUUGUUUUUAUAUAUUCAUUUUAUUUCACUAAACUAUUUUUCAUUCAUCAUUUAUAAUAUGGUUUCUGUAUUGUCUUAUAGAUACAUGAAUUUCUCCAUCUCAUGGGUUUCAUUUGACAAUUUUAAACAGUAACAGAUGAAUUUUAUUCUAGAUGGAUUGAAAGCUCUGAUGAGACGUAGAACUAGUGAACUUGAUCUUAGACUUGCAUAACUAGGGGAAAAUAUUCAACUAAAUAGGUCAGGUAUUUGAAAUAUUGAGAGAACAUUAAAAUGUAACAUUGGCAAAACAUUUUAAAAUUAUAUAAUGGUUACAGUAUGUGAAUGUUAGAGGAACAUAACAAGAAAUAAAAAAAGGUUCCUAACACACAAAAAUUGACAUUUUGAACAAUGUUAGAAACAUUCAAGGAAUAUUCUUGUAACAUUUUUUGUUAGCCAGAACAUGUGCCUACAUUUCACGCAUAAACAGGAGACUGAAACUAGAUACAUUUUUCAGUAAUACAAAAUACUCCAAAUUCAUGUUUUAAUAAUGUAAUCAUCUUUUUUUCUAACAUAUUUAAAUAACACAGCCACAGACCAUUCACAGGUUUCACUCCUUUUGAAACUAAAAGUUGUAUCUUGACAGGCAUUGUUUUCAAGAUCUACACAUUUCCACAACAUCCAAACACACACAAUGAAUCCGCAAUGUCCUUAUCUCAGUGACCUCAGAGAUCCAUCACAUUAUUCAGAACUGCUUUAAAGUCUGAAAACAAGCUGCUGUAUUCAGUUUGCUGUUCAUGUGUAAGAAAGAUGAGUUGAAUAAACAAAUAAGGCCAUUCAUCCUUUAAUUAUCAAGUUUUUACUUGAUCAGAUAUUUCACUAUGAAACAA